GCAGAAGCAAACACAUGACUCCAAGUAUAAAAUGCAGCAGGAUCCUCAACAGAAUUCAGUCACCAUGAAGUUUCUAAUUUCCCUUGCCGUUCUCGCGAUCGUGGGCUGUGCCCAAGCCAAGGUCUACAGCAAGUGCGAGCUUGCCACGGAGAUGGUCAACAAGCAUGGCUUCUCCCGCUCCUCCAUUGGAGAUUGGGUGUGCUUGGUAAACUACGAAUCCUCCUUUAACACCCGUGCCACCAAUGACAACACCAAUGGAAGCCGUGACUACGGAAUCUUCGAGAUCAACGACAACUACUGGUGUGACUCCAACGUUGGCGCCGGAAACGAUUGCAACGCCGUGUGCUCCAACUUCAUUGACGACAACAUCGCUGACGAUUGUGCUUGCGCCAAGAAGAUCUAUGCUCGUCAUGGAUUCGAGGCCUGGUACGGAUGGAAGAACCACUGCAAGGGACACGACAACGAGGAAUGGGUGGCUGGAUGCUUCUAAGUAUUGGGGAUGAUGAUGUUGUAUGUGUGCCUUUUGGACAAUACAAAGCAGCGUUCGUGCAUGCAUUGAACUGA